AUGCUUCAAACAACUGAAUCGGAUUCUCUUCAUGAAGCCUUCAUUCGAAUUUUUCUCGGCUUUGAAGAUGUAAAUUUGCGGUUAGAUCAUACUGUGACGGCAGCCGAUGCAAACAGAUGGACGGAAGAUGAACCACUUCGAUUAAAGUACAAGAGACCAAGCUAUAGGAACAAAGUAUCAAAUUUUGUAGCAAACAACGAAUGGAUUGUGGGUCUUCUUGUUGGUGCCGUAAACUUUGGCUUCACAAUGUGGAUGAGUCGCUGUGACUUUGACAGACAUUGA